AGGACAGCUUCUCUUUUUCUUGUUUUCCGUUCGUUGGCAGAUCUGAAGCCGGACUCGCUCUCUGAUAUUUGCUCUCCGCUCCAGAAGACGUCUGUGAUCGUGUGAAGAUGGAGGCCAAGCUGCACAAGGCCAGUGAAGUGAAGGAUGAGGACAAAUUGUACCGAUAUAACGGUGUGUUGUACCCGUCCAUCGUUUGUCCUGAAGACCAUCUGAAGGCUCUGGACGGCUUCCAGGCCCGAGAGGACGACAUGCUGCUGGUGGCUUAUCCCAAAUGUGGUUUUAACUGGGUGGUGGCUCUUAUGAGGAAGAUCAUUACUGUGUCCACGGGGGUGAAAAUGGACGUCAAGAUGCCGCCGCUGAUGGAGUUUUUUGGACCGAAUGCCUUAAAGGACGUGGUCCAGGCUCCCUCUCCGAGGUUUUUGGGGACGCACCUGCACCCUGACAUCAUCCCUCCUUCAUUCUAUGAAAAGAAAACUAAGAUGCUGGUGGUCUUCAGGAACCCUAAAGACACUGUAGUGUCCUACUUCCACUUCAGCAACAACAACCCGGUGCUGCCAGACACUACCUGGGACUCCUUCUACUCCAGCUUCAUGGCUGGAGACGUUGCCUGGGGAUCAUACUUUGAGCACGUGUUGGCCUGGGAGAAGAAGCUCAACGACCCCAACGUCAUGCUCGUCACCUAUGAAGAACUGAAACAGGACCUGAGGUCCAGCGUCCGCCAGAUUUCUGAAUUCUUCAGCUUCAGCCUGACGGACGAUCAGGUGCAGCAGAUCUCAGACGAGGGCACCUUCGCCGCCAUGAAGGACAGCGCUGCUGCCUCCCACGGUGUCAUGAAAAACGUCUUCUUCAGGAAAGGAGAGAUUGGAGACUGGAAGAACCAUUUCACAGCAGAACAGAGCCAAAAGAUGGAUGAGGCCUUCAACAAACACCUGUCAGGAACCAGGCUUGGAACCAAGCUCAACUAUGACCGCUACUGCCAGUAGGAAGCAAGAAAAGGAAGGAAGACAGAU